CCUCCGGAAUUACUUCGAGCACGCGCGUGAGAGUCGUACCGGUAACUUGUUGCGCUUGAAAAACACUGUACGCGAUUUCCCGCUGGAAAAUAGACGAACGUCGGCUCGGCUGUCGGAAAAUUAAGACAAAAGUAACGACCCAAACCCAGCAAAAAUGUUCGAGGCAAGGCUAGCGCAGAGCGCGAUCCUGAAGAAGGUCCUGGAGGCCGUCAAGGAUCUGCUGACCGAGGCGACCUUCGAGUGCUCGGAUUCGGGUAUGCAAGUCCAAGCGAUGGACAACGCUCACGUCUCCCUGGUCUCGCUCAACCUGAGGAGCGACGGGUUCGACAAGUACAGGUGCGACAGGAACGUCUCCAUGGGCAUGAACAUUGGCACGAUGACGAAGAUCCUCAGAUGCGCCAGCUCAGAAGACACGGUGACCCUCAGGGCAUCGGACAACCCCGACAACAUAAUCUUCAUAUUCGAGUCCCCAAACAAAGAGAAACUGGCCGAGUACGAGAUGAAGCUCAUCAACAUGGACCAAGAGCACCUUGGCAUCCCAGAAACUAUUUACUCUUGUGUCGUGAAAAUGCCCUCCCAAGAGUUUGCCAGAAUAUGCAAGGAUCUGAGUCAGUUUGGCGAAGCUAUCACGAUUGCUUGCUCUAAGGAAGGAAUCAAGUUUUCUGCGUCCGGAGAUUACGGAAAUGCUAACAUUAAAUUGGCCCAAACGGCGGAAGCAGACAAAGAAGAAGAAGCUGUGAUCAUCGAUAUGCAGGAACCGGUCAAACUCACGUUUGCCUGCAGGUACCUUAAUUAUUUCGUCAAAGCAACUCCCCUCUGUGCACAAGUCAAGCUCUCGAUGUCCGGCGACGUACCCCUCGUAUGUGAAUACCAAAUCGGCGAGAUCGGUCAUAUUAGAUAUUAUCUUGCUCCCAAAAUCGACGACGAAGAGGAAAAUUAAAGUUUCUUUCUCUCAUCUCGGCGUCCAAAGAAUCAGCCAGCAGGUUUUCCAUUUUUAUUUGUACAAAUAGAUGAGCAAAACAAAACUCUGCAACCCCAUGUUAAAGGUAUCCUGUUUGUUGAAUGUGUAUCUAUAAGUGAAUGUACAUGAUAUUUUAAAUUUUUAUAGGAUCUUAAGUUUAUAGUCGGUAAAUGAACUCUCAGCAUUGUACAAGUAAUUUGAAGAUAGUAUAUAUUGAAAUUUUACAUAUAAGUCAUUUGGCUUGUCACAGUAUUAACGCAAUACAGAAUUGACACUAAAAUUUGUAGUAAGAUGACAUUAUUUAAGAUAUAUUGAGUUAAAAAAACGAUGUACAUUCUCGCUCGCCGUAUGAUUGACUGUGACCGUGUUUCUCUCUCCAACUUCACAUAGUCUUACUGUAAUUGUUAUUAUCAUUAUUAUUGAUUUUGAUAGUAUCGCUUUUUGUAUUGAAUAAGACAAAACUCAAUAUAUAUUUUC